AAAAAACAAGACUCGAUGACGGAUUUGAGGGAACAAGCAGAGCAGAAGGGAGAGGCGAGGAGAAAGAGAGACGCCGAGGUGAAGCAAGGCGAGCCAGUGAUCGUAGUGGGAUCGACAAAGCUACCUGGAUCCACGACGGCCACUUUCGACGGCAGUAACCACGAAGACGCCAUGACCGCACCAUCACCCACAUCGUCCUCGACGCGGCUAUCCACCGCUCUUCUAGUUGCUGCGGUUUUUAUUCUUCUCGCCACACAGGUAUGCAGCGGAGCUUAUUACGGGAAGCUUAUCGGCAAGCUGUCGGAACUUCAUCACGGCGUCAGCGGUGAAGUUUACGCCGUGGACGGGCGAACUCUGUUCGUCAAGGAUUUCACAUACGACGGGGAAGCGCCAACCGCUUAUUUCUAUGUCGGCAAUACCAAGACCCCUAAUGGUAAUGGAAUCAGGCUUCGUGACGAGCGUGGAUCGGCGGAAACGAUAAAGCGGUAUCGAAGGAAGAGCAUCACCCUGACGUUACCGGAAGGCAAGACCCUGAACAACAUCAAAUGGUUCGCCGUAUGGUGCGACGAAUACGCUGUGAAUUUCGGAGACGUCAGAAUACCACGAGGAUUCGAUUACCCUAAACCUCAGAAAUUGGCGGCAUUGAGCGGAGUGCACGGGGUCAGUUCGGAACCGAUCGUCGUAGUCGAUGCCCAAACCCUGUUGAUACCAAGUUUCAGCUACGAUGGCGAAGCACCUGACGCGAAAUUUUGGGUGGGAGCCGGUCCAACACCGUCGCCCCAAGGUAUUCGAGUGCCCGAUGAGAACGGCAAGGAGGUUCCUCUUCGUCGAUACGAUCGCAAGGCUAUCGUGCUGACGCUACCUGGCGAUCUAACGAUCCACCAGAUCGGCCAUUUUGGCGUCUGGUGCGAGGCGUUCACCGUCGACUUCGGCCACGUACAAAUUCCGCAGAAUCUUAACGUGCCACCGUCCCUUAAGAUGCUCGGAGUCUCGCCGCAGUCGAAACUGAACUGCGAAGUUCUGGAGGAGAAGCUGGCUUUCGAGGUGCGAUGGGCCGUGGCCGGAGACAGCAUAGUCGCCCAACUGGUCGGAAAGCUUGAGGACGGACAGUACAUGGCAUUCGGAUUGUCUGCGGAUCCUAACAGAAGCUUGAUGGUCGGAGGAGACGCGGUAGUCGCAUGGGUCGAUAAACAAACCCUUCAAGGAUACGCUGUCGAUUAUUUCUUGGACGCCAAGUCGCAAUGUUCCGGUGGACGGGGUAGUUGCCCUGACACGCGCAUACAAGAGAACACGAAUUCCAUUCGAUUGUUGAACGCUGCACUGGUGGACGGAUAUAGUAUUGUCACGUAUCAGAGAGCACUGAAGACGAACGACGAGCUGGACCAUCAAAUCCUGACAAACGGCUCGCAAGCGAUCAUCUGGGCCAUCGGUCCUCUCAACGAGAGGCUAGAGGUCAGCUUUCACACGGACUAUCUGAAAAGCGACCGUUUCAUCGACUUUGGUAGACCACCGGUCUGGAAUUGUCCCAUCCCGGAGCAUUCGCAAACGCUCGUGGACAACGAAGAUAAAGCCAGCGGAAAUCAGCCAGUGGCGAUUGUAACUACCAGAAGACCUCAACGAGCACCAGCAACUCCAGCGCCAGCGUCGAAAAACGAUGCCUGGGAAAUUCCACCUAUUCAAUGUUACGAACCUGAUGAUGGAGUGUUUUACGCUCAGAUGGGACCGACCGGAGGAAAACACGGCUAUCCUGCGAUAACCGGUCACGUCGGCUGGGGCAUCUCGUGGUACAUAAAUGGCCUACUAAUUCCUGUAAUCAACGUUGUACGAGGUACAAAAUAUACUUUCGUGGUGGAAGGUGGUGAGGAUCCUGACACACCCGCUCGUUACCAUCCCUUCUAUAUUACUGACGACCCUGUUGGUGGAUACCAACAUAAAACACCUGAAGAGAAAGCCAAGGUGAAAAUAUUCGCUGGUGCUCAACGUCAACGCGGCGUGUAUCGACCAACGGGUGUCGGUCGACUGUGCAAUUGGGUGCCGGAUCAAAAUCAACCCCCCGCCGAUGAUUUCUCUUCGUUUGGUGCUUACCAGCGCACGCUGACUCUGGUAUGCGAUCAUGGAGACCCAGGUAUCGUAGAAUGGACCCCUGACAAGAACACCCCCGACACCGUCUACUACCAGUGUUUCACGCACCGUUACCUGGGAUGGAAGAUCAACGUUCUCGACAGCUGCGACGCCGGCGAAACAGCUGCCAGCGAGAACCACGAGGUGUUCGUGCAGCCGGAACGUCAACGAACGAACGUGGAUCUCGAGAACAGCCCCAGCAUCCGUGUCCCGAGCAAGGUAACGCCAUCGGCGGAGUUUCUUCAGCAGCAUCUUCAUCAAGCUCACGAUAACCCACGACCAAUGAGCCACGGGACAAAAUACACUUAUCCGGCAGCCAGCAACCCGCAGAUCCAAUAUCCCAACAGACCGUUGUAUCAUCAUUACGCGACCAAUUACCACCACCUUUAUCACCAACCGCCCCACCAUCAUUACCAUCACUAUCAGCCAGAACAGAGGAAUCAACUGAUGAUGAUCAAGAGACCGAUGAUGACUCGUCGACCCAUGUUGCAGACCUCUCACACGAUGCCACAGCCAAGUCUUCCCUUACCCUCCAGACCGGUCUUCCUAGAACGAAAGAAGUCUGUCUAUGCCCCAGCUUCGCCCGUUUACAGAAGAAAUCAAGAGAAAGUAUCCGCGGUGAACGGUAAUGUUCAAAUAUCGAAGCUGAAGAAAGUCGACCCGAAACAGUGGAGCAAAGUUGAGGCUAAAGUUUCCGAUACGAACGCACCCAACCUCUUCUCUACUCCCAUGAAACCAGCCAGAAACACAGGCUUCGAUCCAGGCUCCAUAGUGAUCGAAAGUGGUUUCAAACCAAUCAUUAGAACCUUAGAGAAACCCACGGACGUUGCUGAGAAGAGAUCGUCCGAUAUAACGGAUGAAGAAGAUGCUCGAGGAACCACGAACCACAGACCUAACGACAAUUUCGGGCCAGUUUUUAUACCUUCACCCCCUGUCCCAACCGUGGACACGGUAAAAAGAUCGAAGAAGAAACCUCGUCUAGGCGAGGUCGAGGACAUGGAAAUGGCUGCCGACAGGAUGAACGCUUAUUACUUGCCUCCGGUUCCCAGCACGAUCACCAACGAAUCACCGUCUUCACCCUCGUCAGAGGUAUUGAUCACCUUCGACGGAAAGAGACUGAAGGACUCUGGCUUGGCCAGGUCGAUUUCCGGGAUCGAAGAGCAUUCGAAAAGCACGUUAUCCUCGGAUGUGCUUAGUAGAACACCGCAAUUUGGAAGAUUCAAGGGAGAACUACCACCUUUGAUCCCUGGAGAGGCUCGUUCUCAGCUCGAGAAACGUCGUCCAUCGUACAAGGACUCGUUGCUGGCCGAAACAACCCCGAUAAAGAACACGAAAUUGACGCUUGUCAUGAGAUCGAAAAGAUCUCCACACGAGGGACACGUGCAUUUAACGAACGCUUCUGAUACUGAUCAUCUCGAUCGCCAUAGUCACAACGAUCAUCACGAUCAUCAGAGUAACUCGAGUUCUCUGCUCGUCAGUACCGGUGAAACUAUCAUGGCUAAUUUAGGAUACAUCUUUCUAACUGUUGUCUUUUAUUAUAUCAUUUGAAAAUAUUGGCUGCCGAGUGUGUAGGAUUGUUAAGAAGAUUCAACGAUUUCGUAUUCAGAAUUAUUUCUAUUAGGGACUUCAGGGUGUGAGCAUUGUCUUGGAGAAUAUUCGUUUCGUUAGUAUUUUUGUUAACUUCAUCUAUUUUUUAUUUCCUCUAAUAGUAAUAAUUCUGACAUGCUGGGACCAUUAGGACCUCAAGAAUAUUUGUCAUUCAUCAGGGGCAGAGGUAAAGGAUGUUGGUCCUGGUUCUAACAAUGCAAGCCAUCUGCAAGGAAUAAUUUCUUCUUUUUUUAACCUGUUAACUAGAGAUCUUCUUUUAACACGUUGAUCGUCACGAUAGAAAUAGCCAUAUCGAAUACAGGAUACAAGGGUUAUUUGCCUUUUGCGCGUGUAACAAUAGUUUGUCUUAUAAAUGAUCCAUGAAUAAUAGGAUGUACUUUCUUUCUGAUGUAAGUGUAAUAACAUCGCCGAAGGCAAGAAUCUUUCAGGAUUUGCAUUAUUAGAUUCUAUAGGUCUUUCAGUGGAAUCCAGGUUAACAGGUUAAUCACGUUUGCCACGUUUCAGCGCGAAAUGUACGUGACUUUGUGGAUUAAUAGACAAUGUAAUCGACGCGAUAACACGGGAGAGGAAUAUAACUAACCACAAAAUACCGAUCCAUGGUUUACUUAUUUAUUCAGCUAUUUAUUCAUGAAUUAUUUUGUCCCUUUGUCGUACGAGAGAGAAGCUUCCAAGACGAGCAAUAGUAUUGGAAAAAAAGUUUGUGUCAUUUACGCUCAUCGGAUCUCCGACUCUAUAAGAGUACAAUAUACCUUCGUUACAUUUUUUUUUUUUUUUCCUAAGUAAGUUUUAAGUCUCGAGGUGCAUGAAAGAAGGAUCUUAUCAUUCUACGUGCUACGACAACUACGUUGUGCUCUAGACUAUAUAUACUUGUACAUAAGUUGAUUGUUAAUAAAUUGUGUAAUGGAUA